ACACACAGACGCCAGUAGGCAACGGAGUGGGGACGACACGUAUAAUCUACCCAUCGAAUCUGCUUCGUAUUCUCUUUGCAAGAAGACAAACUCUUUAUUUCUGUCGUUACAUUUCACGCCGGAAAUACAACGGAACUUUUUCUCAUCGAGAGGAGCCGUUUAAGAGGCGUUGGGGAUUUCUUUGCACCAGCUCGGAUCUUCUCGUAUAAAUGGCUGAGAGGACCCGACCAAUGAUUGCGGAGUAAACUUGCAAGAUGUCGCAGUUUGUGGAGGCUUGAAACACGGACUCGCCGCUGUAUGUUUUACUUUUGGAAGAUCAUAAACGCCAUAACUUAAAGUCUUGGUGAUACAGACACUCCUGAAGGAGUUCGGGUUUAUUUUGUUCCUCCUGCACGGAGUGAAACAGGCCCGUGGAGACAAAGUGUCUUCUGUUGGACAUCUGUCCAUCUCUGUUUUCGUCUUAAUAAGAUUAAUUUCUGCUAAGUGCCACCAUGAGGAGUCAUGAUGUAAUGACUUGGGUCAGAUUUGCUGGAAAAUCUUUGUGGACCACAGUUUUUUGAGUGACUAUAUGGACAUGUAUUGAUGACCUAAAUUGUCUUAUUUCCAGCCGCCAUCAUUCGGUGCUGUAAGUCCGACCCCAAAAUGUCUUCAAAUGGGGACCUCAGUGAGCUGGGCAGCUCUGACAGCUUCUGGGAGCCGGGAAACUACAAAAGGACUGUGAAGAGGAUAGACGAUGGCCAUCGGCUGUGUAACGAGCUGGUUAGCUGCUUCCAGGAGAGAGCAAAGAUAGAAAAGAGUUAUGCUCUACAGCUCAGUGACUGGGCCAAGAAAUGGAGAGGUGUUGUGGAGAAAGGUCCUCAGUAUGGUACACUUGAGAAAGCAUGGCACGCCUUUAUGCAGGCGGCUGAUCGGCUCAGUGAGCUGCACCUGGAGCUGCGACAGCGGCUGGCAGGUGAGGACAGCGAGAAGAUGCGAAACUGGCAGAAGGAUGCAUUUCACAAGCAGAUGAUGGGAGGCUUCAGGGAGACAAAGGAAGCAGACGACGGCUUCAGAAAAGCACAGAAACCCUGGGUCCGCAAACUGAGAGAGGUGGAGUCCAGUAAGAAGACCUACCAUCAAGCCAGGAAGGAGGAGUGGACGGCGGUUACCAGGGAAACACACGCCAAGGCCGACCCGACCAAGUCACAGGAGGAAGUUCGCAAAUACACAGCCCGGGUGGAGCGCUGCAACCAAGAGGCCGACAAAGCAAAGGACCGCUACACAAAGGCCCUGGAGGAGCUGAACCGCUGUAACCCUCGAUACAUGGAAGACAUGGAGCAGGUGUUUGACCUCACACAGGAGGCCGAGCGGAAGAGGCUGUGCUUCUUUAAAGAGCUCCUGCUGGACAUCCACACGCACCUUGACCUCUCCUCCAAGGAAGGGUUCAAAACUCUGUACCGGGACCUGGGUCAGACUAUCCAAGUAGCCAAUGAUGCCGAAGAUCUCCGAUGGUGGAGGAACACCCAUGGACCAGGCAUGAGCAUGAACUGGCCACAGUUUGAGGAGUGGUCUCCAGAGGCGAGUCGCUCCAUCAGCAGGAAGGAGCGAGUUGGAGACUCUGAGGACAAUGUGGUCACCCUCACCAACAUCGUCUCUUCAGGUGGAGGUGAUGCCCCGCCCAGUCCCAUCACGGGAAGGGUUAAAGAUUACUCAUCGGACUGGUCAGACGAGGAGACUCCUAAGAAGGUGUUGGCGGUGAACGGCGUGGGGGAGGCUGGGGACGAGGAGGAAGAGGAUCAGGUAGAGGGGGUGCGAGUCCGAGCGCUCUAUGAUUACACGGGCCAGGAGGCCGAUGAGCUCAGCUUUAAAGCAGGCGAGGAGCUGCUGAAGCUGGGGGAGGAGGAUGAGCAGGGCUGGUGUAAAGGACAGCUGAACAGCGGCCAGGUCGGCCUCUAUCCCGCCAACUAUGUCCAGGUCAUCACCUCCUGAUGUCCCGCCCCCUUUGCUCACUUAGCCAAUGGUACAACAACUCUUGAGAUGCCAGGACCAUUCAGAACCUCUGUUAAACCAACAGUUUUUGGUAACUGACUGUAAACUCGUCACACUUAUUUUUUUUAGCUUCAUUUUUUGAAAACCAACCAUGGAAACAUCUACUGGAUGUUUACGGUUUGUGAGGUCAAUGACAGUUUUGUUUGAAAGGCAGAGAGAAAUCUCUGAAAGUCUGCCAAUGUGAACUGUAAGAACGCUGUAAAAAUAGGAGAAUUUCAUCCAAUGACCUCGAACUUGAUGUUUACUCAAACACUACAUUUGAUUUCUGCCCUCGUUUUCUGACACUACUGUUAGAAAACAGUCAUAAAUGAUCAAAGAUGACAGAGACUGGGUGGAGAUAAGGAAUCAGAUAUAAUAAAUAAAUCAACCAUGGCAUAAACAUCAGACACAUUUCAAUAUCUGCUUAUUUUAUGGAAAUAGCUUGACGCUUUGGGAGAUGUGCACUCACUUUCUAUGCUCUAGAGAAAUGAGAAGAGGCAGAGCACCUUUGUUGUCAGCAGCUGGGGAGAUUAUCUUAGCUCCACAGAGGAAGUAUUUUGGCAAACACAACUUUAAACUCAAGACAAAGAAGCCACAGAAAACUUUGGUAAGGAGAAAGGCUGUAUAUAAAGACAGAUGAUAUGGCUCCACCUCCUCCCAGUGUUCAAAAUGAAGCCAAAACACCCCUGAGAUGGGUGCUGAUGUAGGCCAGAGACAUUACUUGCUGUUAACUACAUAUACACACCCAGGUGUCUGCUGUGCAUGGAAUCAAAAUGAAUGCAACACAGAGCCAUGAUGCCAUUAAAACACCUAGUUGUGGCUAGUGGUGGGCGAUAAACCUGUAUCAACACUGUCAUGGGUAAAAUGUCUGCCAUGGCAGGGAUUUUUGCAACACCAUAUUCUUGGGUUAAAACACUUGUAAAGAAAGCCGUCUUCAGCCUAACAAAGUGGUUUUUGACUGAUUUGCUCUACUUUACAAAUCCCGGUAUUUGAACCGCUUCUCCUCAUGUGCCUCCUCCAUGCAUUCCUCCAGAGAAAUAGUCAGAUAUAACAGUGAGUCAGAAACAGAGGGUUGACUGCCUCAGCAGACAAAGUCAUCCCAAGGGUUCAGCUUAGCCUCCAAUGCUGCUCAGCAGGACUAUGCCAACACAGUCUUAGCUUGUCCACUAUUUGUCCCAGGAGGCCAUAAAGUUGUUUGGCUCAAAGGAACUAACUAUAACAAAAAGAUAACUGUAUACAUAGAAGUAUAAUCUAUAUAUUUUAAUAAAGAACUAUAAACAAAGAACUAUAAUAACAGAAAGAACUACAUUUCAUUCAGAAAGCAUUUAGACCGCUUUUAUUCUUUCAAUUUUGUCACAUUGAGCCUGAUGCUACAAUUAAAACAACAUUUUUCCCUCAUCAAUCUAAACUCAGUACCCUAUAAUCAUGACGUGAAUACAGAAUUUGGGAAUUUUUACAAAUUAGUGAAAAAAGAAAAAAAGAAACAGAAAUAUGACAUAGACAUUAGUUUUCAGACCCAAAGCUGCAUAAAUAUUUGUUGUUUACAGCAAGUACAUCUCUGGCCUUAUUAUUUGGAAGGUACAUUUGGAAUAGUUAGGCUGGCUCAUCUGGUUUUGUUCCAUUUGGGCUAACCAUUUCCAUGUAUUUAGCUUUUAAUGCCUAGCUAAGUGACUGAUGCAGGUUUGUGUUUGAUACAGUCGCAUGGUUAAGAUAAAGUAAGUGAGGAAAUUCUCCCAAGUGUCAAGCUGUUCUUUUUACACAAAAACUCUCAUCAAUUAAUAAAUCAACUCCAUUGAUUAAACAUCUUCAUCUUCAAAGAGUUUAGUUUUUAGUUUUGGAGCGUCAAGUGGUCAUCAGAGCUCUUCACUGUCGCUCAGCUGUGGUAGCUGGAAGAAAAAAAGAGACUGAACUUAGUGCCUUAGUCAAAGAGGCUGGGAAUACGACAGCGCCACCCUGCGUCUGACCUGGGAAUUACAGCUGUCUGCAGUGUGGCAACAAGAGGAUCAGCCCUGAUAAAAGAAAAGGGGGUUAAAAAAACUCUUGUCACCUGGACUCUACUGUGUAAACUUUGAUUAUGCAUGCAGCACAUGAUUGGCUGUUAUCUUCUUUAAUCCCCAUCCCUCUACAAUAAGCUUCAUGACGAUCUGCUUCUGUUAUUUUGUAGAUUUUUAGGAGUUACACUGAAUUCACAUUCUCUUUAUAUUGUGAUAGCUGUACGUUAAUAAGAAGUCUUUUCAUUUAAAGAUGGUAUGAACUGUUACUUCCUGUUUCUUUUAUUUUUUAAGUAGCAUUUUUACAGUCUUCUUAUUCCUUUUUCAUUUGUUUUCCUUUAAUUUUAGCAAACAUUCUCCCAUUUGGGCUUAGGCAGAGAGAGAAAUGUUGACAAGCUUUGGAUGCUUUCUCCUGUGGAUGUUUGUUUCUGAUCUUAAAAAAGUGAUCAUAUUCUGUCUUAUUUUGUUUUUUAAUUUUUAAUUGUCUUUGUGAGGGAGCCACCUCUGUCCUGCUGAUCGCUAAUAGCUAAGCUAAACCAUGUAGUCAUCAAAAUAAUCAGAUAAUUAAUGCUAAACUGCUGCUCUUUUUGAUUAUUUUCCUUUGCAAAACUGUAACGUGUACAGAAUAUUAAGUGGGAAGCAAAUAUAAUAAAAAUCUUUC